GUUUUUUUUCGGUGCGGAGUUUUGCUUGCGUCGUCGUUCAACACCCCGAAAGUCGCAAACUCUGUAAACAUUGAAACAAAUUUAAAGAUUUAGCUAAUUUAAGUGAUUUAAGAAGCAUCCCGCGAAACUCCCUCAGUACAGCAUCAUCAACCCGUAGAACAACCGACUCCACAACACCCGCGCAAUGGGUUUCUACGUGACACAGCGAAUGAUCCGGCAGUUUGCCCGACCGGUUUGCUUCCAACUUUCGGUGCGCUACUUCUCCGUCACGGAUCGUCAAAACACACGCCUGGCGGAGGUCGGCAAGUUGGAGCUUCCGAAGGCGCAGGGAACGUACGAAACCGGCCAGCUGUUUCUGCACCGUGUGUUCGGCUACCGCGGGGUCAUUCUGUUUCCGUGGUUGGCGCGGGUGUACGAUCGGGAUUUGCCGGCGCAGAGCAAGAACGGCCAACAGGCGGAAGCGAUCACGGCCGCACCGGCUCCGCCGUCCGGGGAGACGCCACCGAACGCCGGCAAGGAGGUUCAGAAGAAGACGCACACGUUCUAUCAGGUGUUGAUCGAUCAGCGCGACUGUCCGUACAUCCGGGCGCAAACGGAAGCGGUUACGUUCCUGGGCAAUCAGGAGUCCAGUCGCAGUUUGUACGCCAUUCCGGGGCUUGACUAUGUCGCACAUGAGGACAUUCUGCCGUACAGCUCGGGCGAACAGCACCCGUUGCAGCACGAACUGUUUGACAAGUUUUUGGCCCACCAACCGGACAAGGAUCCGCCGUUUGUAGCCCAGGACACGCUCAGGGCUUGGCAGAAGAAGAAUCAUCCCUGGCUGGAGCUGUCCGAUGUGCACAAGGAGACCACGGAAGGCAUCCGCGUCACGGUGAUUCCGUUCUACAUGGGGUGUCGCGAGACGCCGGCCGCUUCCGUUUACUGGUGGCGCUACUGCAUCCGGCUGGAGAACCUCGGCGAACUGAGCGUCCAGCUGCGCGAACGACACUGGCGAAUCUUCUCCCUCUCGGGCACGCUGGAAACGGUCCGUGGCCGGGGUGUCGUCGGCCAGGAACCCGUGCUCAGCCCCCGCCUGCCGGCCUUCCAGUACAGCUCGCACGUGAGCCUGCAGGCGCCGAGUGGCCACAUGUGGGGCACGUUCCGCAUGGAGCGCGAGGACGGCCACAUGUUCGACUGUCGCAUCCCGCCCUUUUCGCUCGAGAGCAAACCGGACGAUAACGCUGCGGGGGGCGGUACACCGGCGCAGGACGACAACUCCAGCCCAGGAACGGGAACGCCGUCGUCGUCGAGUUCGGAUCCGCCACCGGCGGGAGGACCGAGCGCGGCCUAAGGCGUACAUCAUAUUUAAACGACGAUAUUUAUUGGUUGACCUUCGUUUCCGGGAUCUUCCGCGUGAACGCACGGUCUUCGCAGCUGGUUAAGGGGGAAUAGAUUACUAAAUGUUACGCAAAGUUUGCCGAUUCGACGGCCGUCGUGGGUGUGUGCGAUUAAGUUGUAAAUACUUCAAAUCUCCGAGAAUCAAUCGAGUACCUAUGAUUUAACAAAAAAUACUAUAUUCAAUUAGCAGUAAAACUUCGAGUGAAACGAA